CUUUUGUAACAUGAACUGAGAAAAAAAUAGAAUGUGAAUUCGAAGAUCUCAGAGAAGUUAAUGGUCUUUAUGGGAAAUUCUACUAGCAACACCUCAGUAGAUCAUACAGAUCAAAGUGUCUAUGUAGGUUCCUCUGUUGAUCGCUCGACUUCCCAGAACUUAGUCAUUAGUCAUGGAUCGAGUAGUGAUAUAAAGAAGUCAUCCAUAGUAUCAUUAGAAAAAGGAUCGGUGUCAAAAGAGAAGACCAUUGAAAUGAGAAAAUCGUAUUAUACCUCUCUUAACUCUCAUGAAAAGAAUGAGAUUUAUUUGGAUGCCAUAGUGCAAACAAGUACGGAAGAGAAAAUGGACAUGUCGCCUUGUGAAAAUGUCCUUCAAAAUAUCGAAAACUUGAAAAAGUUAGAGGAUUCACCGUCUUUUCACACUGUCUCCAAAGAGAGUCACACUGAUUGUGCACCCAUUGCUUUUGAAAGUAAUGAUUCAUUAUCUUGUGCCUCCGCCGAAUCAACGUUACAAAAAGGAGAACAUGAUGUUGAAAAUCAUCUCGAAUAUUCUUGCUGUAAAGAUGAAAGAACAAGUUGUAUUGAAGAGGCAAACAAACAAACUAAAAAUGCCAUAUUACAAAUGGUCCAACGACCUAAUGAAUCCUUAGAGAGUAUGGAAAAAGACCACAACGUAAUAUUUGAUGUUAUGAACUCACGUUCAAUCUCUCAAAGUGAGGUAAAAGAAAGAGGACUCAAAAUGAUAACAGAGCUAGAACACUUUUUUAAAAAUGUCAUGGCAAAGAUGAAGGAAAAAGAUGAUGCCAUCGCAAACCUCCAAACCAUUUUAAGAAACCUCAAUGAAAAAGUCAAACUGCUGGAAAAGAAAAUUCAGGUUUUAGAAUUUGCCAAAGCAAAAAUUCAGAAAACUGCCAUGCAAGAAUCAAAUCUAUUGGUUCAUCAAAAUGAAGAAGCUCCAACCUCCCUCAACCUUAUUCCUUUUAAGCCUAAUUCGAAAUUAGCCACUGAAAAGAAAAGCUUUUCAUUGGAAAAUUUUGAUGUCGAUCUAGCAUCAAAUAAAAUAGAGCAGGAAAAUGAGGACAUGGCUCCUUGUGAUUCUGAAAGGGCUCCAGGCAAUUCCGAGAAUUUGACGCAAAAGGAGAUAUUACCUGUUGGAUACUGGGUUGAUAAAGCCAAUGAAAUUUUAGGAACGAUUGCCUUAGAAGAACCGGUAGAUAAUGUUCUCUGUCUGGAUACAUCAGACAGUAUGGCAGGAGAAGCAUUCCAGACGAUGAUUAAUCUAUCUCUUAGAUUUUUAUCAGGUUUAGAACAUUCGUCGUCAAACCAGAAGGUUGGACUGGUUUGUUUUGGAGGUUACACCAGAGUUGUAAGACGCUGUUGUAUGAAUUACACAAAACUGAAAGAGGAAAUAAAAUCGUUGAGACCAGGGGGCCCAAGCCCUUUGACAGCUGGGAUUCUGCUAGCACACAGUGUUGCAUCUAGAGAAUUGACGAUCCCAACACUCCAGGGAGUCAGCUUUUUCCCUCGCAUAAUUGUCCUAACAGACGGAGUAGCUACUCCAGAUAGAGUAACCGGAUGUGCAGACUUUAUUCCAGAUAUAAAGGAGCGUUUAACGAUUUGUGCAGAUAUAGACGGGCUAGUUGAAAUGAUGAGACGAUCGACAUCACCUCCUAGAGUUUACUUCGUUCCUCUUGGGAAGACGGAUGAGUCCAUUAUAGAGCCAUUAGUAAGAAGGACACAUGGACAAAUCAUUACACCAGCAAACUUCGACGAAUUUAUUCACCAAUUUGCAGGAGGAGAGCUUUUAGUCACUCAACUGAGACCAUCUUUUCCUAACUUUUACAAAGAGACUGACAUCAAUAUGCCUCCUAUAGGCACCAGAGUUAGGAGGGGUCCGGACUGGCAAUCAGACUUUGAUGAACAAGAUUCUCGCGGUCCAGGGACAGUUGUUAGUCAUGAUCGUAGAGGUUUUAUAUCCAUAAUGUGGGACAAUGGUCAUCAAUAUCGGUAUCCUUAUGGAAUCCAGGGUCGAUUUGCAGUAAUGGUUGUAGACGAACCCAGAAUUCUUCAACGUCAUCAAUUAAUCGAGGUCGGAUGUCUCGUUAAAAGAGGGUAUAAUUGGAGAGAUAAUGACAAUGAUGGUGGUCCUGAAAACAUUGGAGUUGUAUUUAGGGUGCACUCAGAUGCAACAGUUAGUGUACGGUGGCCGACUGGACAACGAAGGAGAUACAAAUUUGGAAAACAUGGAUACUAUGAAGUAGAACUUAGUGAUGCUUUGGACGAAAAUGUACAAUUACGGAUGUUAAGCAGAAAACACAGGGCGGGUGCAUACUCGAGAAAACCAAACAUCAUCGUGAAUCAUCUUUAAUCAAGUGGUGCUGACAGUAAACAGACUUCAUGACUGAAUCAGGGUUUAUUAACAAGUGAUUCGUUUUACUUUUUAUGGAAAAAUCCAAGUAUUCUCUUAAAAUUUGCAAUUGCAUUGACGCUGAACAAAGAAAAUUUCCUUUCAAUCGAUUUGGAUAUUUUUGUUCAAAAUACUUUUGCAGAUUAUGGAAGACAUUGUUUUUACAUGUUUAUGACUGAUUUAGUGCUUCACGUUUCAAUUCACGUUUCUUGAACUAAUUCCAUUUACAAAGUCAAUGUUGAGUUGAAUUUUCCAUUUUGAAGUUACCGUAUUUUUGUUUGAAAUAAAAAAGAUUGCUUGAUAUUACUUUAUCAUUUCUGAUGUUCAGUGUUUAACACGGAUCCACAUAUUUUAGUAAUAUCUCUUUUGAGAUAAAAGUUAAAUAUUUUUGACUUGUUUCGUGAGUUUUUAUGCUAAGAAUAUCAAGGAAAUCAACGUAUUUGUCUGCAAAUGAUACACAUAUUAAAUGGUGAUCAAUUGAAAUUUAUAUAUAGAUAUAAGUUUUGCUUGUGUGAACACUCUUGGUUUUUCCUAAGAAAGACAGGAAUAAAUAUACUCUGCAAAGUUUACAAGUACUUUUCUUAAGUCUUGUGACAUAAAGAUAUUAUUAUGUGUUAGCGAAUAACUAGUGUUAUUUGUACUUUGGAAAUAUUGAUCGUGUUCUUUUUUAAAAACGAAAUGUUGCUGUAUAACACAAUCGAUUCAUUUGCCUGUCAAAGUGUCAAAUGUUCUAAUUCUCCCUAUAUUUUCUGUAUUUCUGCGCUGGAAUUUCUUUUACUUUUAUUGUAAAAAGUCACCAAAUGGUGAAAAUAUACAAAGUGUCUACCUCCUGGCUUGGUACAGGGGUUAGUCCAAAAUUGAUAUUGUUUCAUUAUUUAGCAAAUUGCGGUAUAGAUUGGCUUAGAAAAAUUAAUUUCUAACACAAUAAUAGUUUUUAAAUGCUUAUAUGUUUAUGUUGAUGUUUAUGUUGAUGCUCUGUCAAUGAAUUAUUAUUCAAAAGCGGCAUUUCCGCCUCGAAUGAAUGAGCAAGUCACACUCUUUCCUUCUUGAUUAUACAUAGUGUAUAAUACCGAGAAGGAUGACGCAUGACCGCCAUUUUAGCAUAUAAACCCUAGCAAGAUCAUUAACUCAAUAUUUCUCAACUUAUAAAUAUUAAAUGUAUUUUUAUUUUGUAAAAAAAAAAAUACAAAAGGAAGUUAUAACCUUGCACCUACGGCUGCAUAAAAAAGAUGCGCAAAAGCACGGCGCUCGAUCUGUACUCGGCCUUGUUAAGUUAUAGAAUUUAAGAUUUUAAUGACAGUAUGACAGAAAACGUAUCAAGUUUUGGCUUUAAACAACGCAGAACAUAGAUUACAAGUUCUCUUCACCUCUCUACUUUUGACAUUUUUUUCUUUGUAAUUGCUAAACCGUCUUCUGUUUUAACAGGGAAGUUUCGGUUGAGACUCUGAUCAUUUUUGAAUUCUUCGUAAUCUGGUAAACGGUUUUCAUGUUUUUUAUUUCGGCAGCUUUCUGUGCUUUUUUAGCAAGUUGCUCUGUGUAGCAGCGCUUAAAUCUCUUUUAUAACUUCUUCACUAUCUUAUCUUUCUUUUUAAACUAGGCGAAUGUCUUUUCUUUCAAUACAUGUGAUUUCGCAUCUAGGAGGCAUUUGUUUUGUUGUUCCACUCUACAGGGUAGUCCACGUGUCUUUGAAUAUCCUUUAACCUGUUACUUUCGGCACUGCAUCAAUUAUGGCCGGAUGGAAUUGAUCGAAAGUGAGAGUUGUUUCGACUUGGGGUGUGCUGUUCCUUUGAUAUUAAGUUUUACUCUGACACCCGGGUCUUUAAGCUCGGUAACAUCAAACCCGUGCUGUUACUAGACCCUGUCAUGGCCUUUUUCAUCUUAAUACAAAUCUUGGCUAUAACAAGGUUGUGGUCAUUAUCGAUGUCAACAUGGCGAAUUGCUUGCACGUCCUUUAGAAGGUGCCUCCUCUUACUGACAAUCAUAACGUGAUCAAUCUUUUUUUAAUUCACCCUAUUGGUGAUGUCAAGGUCAUCUUGUAGAUGGUUUUAUGAGCAAAGAGAAUUCCUUCUAUGACAAAGUCAUUUUUCUCGCACAUGCUGUAUGUGAGGCCGUCAACUGCAUAUUUACCCUCACUCUUCUUCUGUCGUGGUUUAUCUGCCCAAGUUUUACAUUGUAGUCUCCCAUCGGGAGGGACAUCAUGCUUUGGAAUGUCACAGGUACUGCUUGAAGAGAGCUGUCAAAGUUGUCUUCUUCUUCUUCUUCUUCUUCCUCCUCUUCUUCUUCAGUUGGUGCAAUAGCAAAAUGAAGACCUUCGUGUAGAUAUAGUUGAAUCUGACAUACAGUAGGUUUUCAUUGAUAAGCUAACAUAGCAUUCCAAAAACAGGGUGGCUUGAUCACAACCCUCCUCCUCCCUUUUAUUAACAUCAUAACCAGAUUAGAUUGUUUAAAUUGCUCGUCAAAUAUAUUGUCUUUUUAGACAAGAAACUUAAAUCUGUAAGAACGAAUAGCUAAUUCGUUGAGUCAAAUCUUAAUUCAUUCAAACAAAUAAUUUAUCUGUCCAAAUAAAUAAUUUAUCCGUCCAAACAAAUAGAUAAUUCGUCCAAACAAAUUUUCGUUCACCCGAACAAAUUAUUUUUUUUAGAUUAAUAUUUUUAUUUUAUUAAUCAUAUUUAAAUAAGCUAGUUAUUCGUUUGAACAAAAACCUCUUUCGUCCAAAUAAAUAAUUUUCUUUUGUCUGGCCCUUCUUGGUCGCCGUAAAUUUGGCCAAGUUUUAAGAUGUCCUUAUAAUUAAUGAAACUAGCACAUUAAUUUGCGCACAAGUAAAGAGAUAGGCUACCUAUAGAGAUUUUUCAACCACCCAUUAUAUUUUGCUGUAUGUUAUUAUGGGUAUGCACUUCCCUAUUUUAUAGGUUGUAAUAAGUUUCAUAACAUUAGGGACCAGAGGGUGCAGAGGGGCAUUUUUUUCUCGCAGCAAACAUUUUUCCUAAAUUUACAUAUAGAAAUUUGAACUAUCAUGGAGUUGCCCCUCCCCCCUCUAACAAACACAUACACAUUUUUUAAGAGAAAAUAUGAAAUAAUUGUAGCAAAAAAAGGUAAUUGGCAGUGAUGUUUAAAAUAUUAGCAAUUAUACUAAUAUCCACAUAAGUUUAAAAUAUUAGCAAUUAUACUAAUAUCCACAUAAAGUCUCUGGAAAAAAUAUUACAAUUAAAUUCUUUAAGCAAAUUACCACUGAUAUUGUCACUUUACUUCCUCCAUACUUUUUCCUUGAU